AUGAGCUUUGUACCUGUCAACCCGCGGCCUAUGCUGCAGGAUCUUGUCAACAAGCCGGUCUUCGUCCGGUUGAAGUGGGGUCAGGUUGAAUACAAGGGCACGCUGGUGUCAGUUGACAGCUACAUGAACCUGCAACUGUCCGGCACGGAGGAAUACGUGUCCGACAAGCCGACGGGCCUCCUGGGUCAGGUUUUGAUCAGAUGCAACAACGUCCUCUGGAUCCGAGGCGCCGAAGACGGUAAAGACGUCGCCAUGUCCGGGUAG